GUCAGACGAACACCAUGAGUUCCCGAGACCCAGAGACCACCACCACAACUACACAACCACUCGCACUCCCUGCGCCCUCCGAUGCUGAGGACGUAGAGCAGAUCACGCUCGAUGGAACACGGACGUUCACGUUCAACAAGCUUGGUCCGGUGGUGGUCAACAGUGAUGGCACGCUGUCGCGCAUCGCGAAUUGGGAGCAGAUGGCCCCUAUAGAGAGGGAGACAACGCUGCGCGUGCUCGUUGCUCGUAACAAAGUACGGUUAGCAAACCAGGAGAAGCAACAAGGCCAAGCAACCGAAGGAGAGAAGUUGUCGAUAUCCAACGCUUUCGAGUCAUGAUGGCGUUCUUGCCGAAUUCGGUCCCGUUCUUUGCUGAAAUGAUGUAAGACUAUUUUGCUCGAUCCAAUUACUGCUGAGCCCCCUUCUCAGCCGUCGUGCCUCAAAUCUAUUCAUUCAACGCACACGCUGCGUCCUCUGAGAAACAAAAUGUCGCCAGAGACUUGAUACGGAUGCUCGCGCUAUGUCUGCGCUCACAGUCGAGGCGCAGGACUGCGCGACGGGCCGUACAUACUGCGUACAUGCGCAUUCCCACGCGGAUAGACAGGCCCGACUGACUGUCCCCGAGAUCCAUGCACGCUAUACUUAUGCUUCUGGUGAUUUACAGCCGAUGCAAAAACCAGCAGGCCGAGCGGCGAGCCCCAGCUAUACCACAACAAGGACAUUGUCCGACUCUGUUCCACCACUGGAAGCACCUAAACACAGUGGGCAUCUGCGUCGUGAGCAUCCCAGGCAAGAGAUCCAGUGUCCUUUAGCUCGACAAGCUGCAUGGCGCUAGGCGGGGUGCACUUGACGCACACGACAAGCUUGUCCCCGAGCUGGGCGGUGGCCGGAGCGCAGGCUCGCGGGGCUUGGCAGGGAGCCGCCGCUGAUCCGAGCACAAGGGGGAAAUGCGCCGCUGGUUUUUAUAUUAGCUGUAAUGCCGGCAUGAGAGGCCAUGACCUUGUUUGCAACCACCACGAUGUUGAAACAAACUGCGCUACUUGGCAUUGCCGCCAGUUUGCUAGCAUCAAGGUC